AUGUCAAACGGUUCAAAAUCGUCGUUUGUCGUGGUAAUCAACGGACAAAUCACAACAGCUAAUUUUCCGGAGCAAGAAUCUUUGUGGUUGAGGUAUGGUUUUGUAGCGGGACCGGAUUGGACAGUGGUGGCUGGAGAGACUGAAGGGCUAUCAGCUGCUUGUUACAAAACUCCAUGUCGUCCCUUUGUGAUCGAUUUGUCUUUUAGUGUCACUUAUCGAUCGACAAAUCCUUUCAGAUGGCCUCGUUUAGUGAUUACAUGCUAUGGAAAAGAUUUUUUUGGAAACGAUGUCGUGAAGGGUUACGGGAUGUUUACUUUACCGACAACACCGGGAAGACACAAUUUGGAAUCAGCUUGUGCAACGCCAGAAGCUUCAACUUCUUUUCAAAAUAUUUUGGGAAUGAUUUGGGGAAGACGACCGGAGCUUGUGGAUCCGAAUAUUAUGGCGCUUUCAGAAGGGAGAGAGGUUCUUCGUAUGUCAACUGAAGGCCUUGUUAAUGCAACUUUUGAAGUUUUACAUAAAGAUUUGAAAAAAUCGGGUUUCGAUUGGGAUUUUUCAUCGAUGAGAACCCCAUCAAUUGCGCCUCUUCCCGAUUUUGAACCGUUCCAAGAAUCACGUCUUGAAGCAGCAUCUUUGGGUGCUUCUUUGGGUGCCUCGUUGGCUGUGCCGAGUGCUCGAUUCACUUCACAUUCCGAUUUAUUAUCACCAACAGUUGAAGUGGAAAGGGAAGAGAGUGGAGCAAGUGGAGAAGAUGAAUGGAGACCCCAAGUACAAGAGACUCAAGAGACAAGAGUUUCAAGACCACUUCCACAGCCAUUACCG